ACAAAGAAGAAGUGAAGAAACAAGGCACGUAAACCUGCCAUCUUUUCGCAGAUUGCCAUACAUUGAGCAUAUUUCCGUUUGGAAUUGCCAUAGUCUGUGGUGUCCGUGUUCCUAACUAUCAAAACAUGCCAGAGGAAACUGCAGCUUCUUCCAGUGCCGCAAGCAUGGAUGAGAAACCCUGUUCAUCAAAUGCAGCUGCUGCAGCAGAAGGCCUAGAGGAUGUACUGGAAGAGGCCAAGAAAUUGAUUGGCACUGGAAACAGGCACAUGGUCAUGGGAGACGUAGUCUCAGCAGUCAGUGUGUUCCAGGAAGCCUGCGGCAUGCUGGCUGAGAAGUAUGGCGAUACUGCUGACGAAUGUGGAGAAGCAUUCUUCCUUUGUGGAAAAGCCUUGCUGGAACUUGCCAGGAUGGAGAAUACUGUUCUUGGCAAUGCUUUGGAUGGAGUUCCAGAGGAGUCUUCAGAGGAGGGUGAAAAACAGAAUGACUCCAAGAUUGAAAGUGCAGAUAACCUAGAUGAUGAUGAUGACGACGAUGAUGAUGACGAAGAUGGUGAUGGAAAUACUGAGGAUAAGGAGAGUGAAGAUGAAGUGGGCAACCUUCAGCUAGCAUGGGAGAUGUUGGAGGUGGCUAAAGUCAUUUACAAAAGGAAAGAAGUCAAGGAGGACCAGUUGAUGAUGGCACAGAUCUUCUUGAAGCUUGGAGAAGUUGGUACUGAAUCUGGCAACUAUGGCCAGGCCCUUGAUGACUUCCAGGAGUGCUUGGCUCUGCAGCUCAAACACCUGCCACCUCACAGUCGCCUGUUGGCAGAAACUCACUAUCAGCUGGGCAUAACCUUCAGUUUUACAGACGAAUACAAACAGGCCAUCGACCACUUCAGCAGUUCCAUUAAAGUGAUUGAGACCAGAGUGGCCAUGCUUCAGAAGGCGAUUGACAAGGCCGAGGAGGAGGCUGUGAAGGAGGAGCGAACGGAGCUGGAGGAGCUGAAGCAGCUGCUGCCUGAGAUCAAGGAGAAGGUGGAGGAUGCCAAGGAGAGCCAGAGGACGGCUGCUGCUGCUUCUGUCGCUAUUCAGCAGACCAUGGGUGGGGCCUCUACAUCUUCUGCAUUUCCAGCUGAGAACGGUGCUGCUUCAUCUUCCUCUUCCUCAGUUAUUAACCAGAUUCCAGUAAAAAAGCCAGCUGAGGGGGUGGCUACCGCCAAGCCUGCAUCAGCAUCGGACAUCUCUCACCUUGUGAGGAAAAAGAGGAAACCAGAGGAGGAGAGCCCAAAGCAGGACAGUGAAGCUAAAAAGGUCAAACAGGAGACCACAGUAAAUGGCAGCGGCGACUCCGCAAGCAACGGCAAUGGAGUUCAGGAGAAAAUGGAACAGGAGGCCUCGGCGUGAUUCCAUUUCCCUGGUGACCACCAGCGAACCCUCUACCAGCAGAGCAUGUUUCCCCCUCUUCAGACAAAACCUCUGUGUUGUAAAUAAGUCCCUUUUUUCGUCACUAUGAUCUUUUCUUCCUUGUCCAAUUUUUGUAAAAUUGUAGUAAAAAAUCAAUAAAGAAUAUUUGCAAAGCAAA